AUGAACAUGACCUCCCAAUCCGCAUCCGAGUCCCUCAUCGCCAUCCUCUGCGGCCUACUAACGCUAAACAUUUACACCCUCCUCCCCCUCUUCAUUUCCAUCCCCCCAUUCCUCGAUCUUCGCGUAUGUCAUCCACCUGUUCUAUACCGCUACGCGCCGCCCCUUCCUGCUCAAUUGCAGGAAGACUCUCGUCCUGAUGCUCCUGUCCCGAGGCUUGCUAUCUGGGUGCUUGAUACUGUUGUGCCGAGUAUCUGUGUACGGAAGGGGUUUUGCAAGAAAUAG